AUGGCGGACGCAGACACUGAGCGCCUAUGCACAGAAAUUGUGCGAUCGGUGUUUGGGCCUUUGACCGCAAAAGUAGCCUCUUUGCUGCUCACGCACGGCCGACUUGGCCUAUCGCAGCUGGUUCGCUUCUCAAAACUCAAGCCGCGGAUCGUCCGGGCUUCUGUACUUGUCCUCGUACAACAUAACUUAUUAUGGCACGCACAAUCUGAGGACGAGGGAGAGGUGUUUGAGAUCAACACGGACGAAUGUCUGAUGAGGCUGCGCUAUGGGCGAUAUGUUUGGUUAGCAGAGCAGGUGUAUGGUAAAGCGGGCGCAGAGAUCGUGCAGUUAAUCUUGGAUCAUGGCAAGCUACGUCCACCAGACAUCGUAUCACAAUUAUCUAUCUACGAUCCUAUCAAAGCUCCUGCCGUAAUAUCUCAGACGCUGCACAAACUGGUGGAAGCGACAUAUUUGAAACCUUCCACCGUCAUUUCCCACCUGUCACCUCGCGACAAACGUAUACGAUAUGAAACAGAGGAAAAGCGGAAAAUCUCAGGCUUCCCUACAGCAAAAGAGCUGCGCCAAGCCAAAGAAAUUGCCGACGCUAGGUUGAGGCGUGAGGAGGAGGAAGCAGAGCAAAUUGGCAUGAAGCGAAAGGCUAAGGACCAGUAUAAGUCCUCGAAGCGCAAAGCUAUGGAAGAGGAUCUCGAAGUUGAUGAUGAGGUUUACUUCCGGGUCAACUGCGAACGGUUCAAUGUGCAUAUACGGAACAAGCUCAUUGAAGCCACUGCGGCCGAGCGUUUCAACGAGUGCACCGCUCUCGUCCUCCGUGCUACCCUGAAGGCAACCGAGCCUAAACAGCGGAAGUUGUCAGACGUCCGUUCUGAUCCCACGUCCUUAGCGAACAUAGCAAUGCAUCUGCCAGACGAUGUCGACUUGUCAGCUGGACUAGUGCUCCAGUCAUCCAAGAAGCCAUCGACAAUGACGUUGAUGAAGGAAUAUCUCGGCUUUCUCUCCUCCGCCGAUAAUCCGACUCCGGCCGGGCGCUCUGCCUCGUUCGUGUCCAUGAGUGGCUCGAAGGUCCAGGUCGAGUUCGAGAUCAUAGCCAGACGGUUACGUCGGCGUGUUCUCGAAGCUGUGGCCCGCGAACGACACGGCGACGAGGGUGUGCGAAUCAUACGACUACUGUUGGACACUGGCAUGAUGGACGAAAAGCAGAUAUCCAAAGUCGGUAUGAUGGCUCCAAAGGAUGUCCGCCCGCUACUGUCGUCAAUGUCGGCCGAGUCCCUGGUCAGCCUGCAGGAGGUUCCCAAGAGCGCAGAUCGCAAUCCCACGCGCAUGUUCUAUCUCUGGUACGUCGACCUGCAGAAAGCGUACAACGUUCUGCUCGACAACAUGUACAAGACUUUGUUCAACAUCACUGCGCGUAGGCAAGCUGAGCAAGACGAGCCGAACGUUAAGGCGGUAAUGGACAAGCGCCAGCGGAGCGACGUAAGCCAGGAUGAGGAGCGGCUGCUGACUCGAAACGAGCGGGAGCUGCUAGCACAAUGGGAGAAGAAGAGGGAGAAGUUGACAGUGCUGGAGAUGCGGGUCGAGGAGGCUGUCUUCAUUCUGCGCGACCUAGGUACAUUCGCUGCAAAUGAAGACUGACA